AUGAUGUUUCUGCGGCCUCCGAAACCUCCGAAUAUUUUCCCCAAUUCCAAAGCAACCACUAACAAUGCGUCCAACAAGUCCUUUGCAUCAGAAAAGGGCAUGCGACAUUUGCUACAGAAGGAAGGUGCACAUUUCUCAGGUUUUUGGGAUUAUGAGUUGUCUAUUAACUUCUUCAGGUCCAAUGCUCUCUUCCAACCCCAGAUGGCCCGUGAGCUUGAGGGCACCUUGUCGCGGGUUGGUACGGCUCCAGAGACGCCAGGCCAGCCAGAAGCAUCACCGACAACGCCAGUCCGUUCUAGCAUCAGCACAAGUCAUGUUUCAACCGUGGUGAGUGGCAGGGAAGGCCCCUCUCAUUCUACGAGCUCGCCCUUCCCAGCUGCCUCCACACAAACUCCAAGUGGUUCUUAUGAUCAGCUUGCCAGAGAUGAUCCUGUCAGGGCCUCUAGAUCUGCAUGUCAAUGGGGACCCAACUGGUACUUCAAUGGCAUACCGAUCUCCUCAGAAGGAGGUCGCGAGUGGGUUUCCCAAAGAACCGGCCAGGCGGUCUCUUGGGCUGAUUUUAGCAUUCCUAUCAUGGGAUAUUCUGAAGCAUCGAUCCUCCAGCAAUCUUUCUCUCACACAUUAUACGAACUUCCUGAUCAACAUGUGACCCGAGAAAUCGCGGCCGUCUUCUUCAAUUCCUCAUUCAGAUUGGUCUUCCCAGUGCUGGAUGAGAUUUUGUUUCAGACAACCCUGGAGGCCGCAUAUGAGCCUGUGGAAGGGACACUGUACUCAUCUAAGCAUAUUUCAGCCAGGGCGUGUGUUUUGAGCAUGUUAGCAGUUGUGCCUCGUCUGGGCCUGUCGAGGCAGCUACUACCCUCCAUAGAUGCGGAUUUGUGCGCUACCAGGGCACAUUGCCUCUUACUUUGCAUUUCCGACGAUUCCAGCUUGCCAACACUAGAGGCAGCAGUCAUGUUGCUGAUACAGCGCGCAUGUUGCACCGACUGGCAUGGCGCGACCUUCUUCCAAUCAAUUGCGUGUCGCAUUGUCUGCGCUCUGCGGGGGCAUUUGUGUCAUACAUCGACUCUCUCCGGAAUUGACAGUGAGCACUCAGAACGAGAAGUCCACCACAUUCGAAUGCUAUUUUGGCUAUGCUACAUAAUCGAUAAGGACAUCUCACUUUUCACGGGCAACCCUCCUCUGCUCACCGGGUUCUAUUGUAACCUGACUCUGCCUAAUACCUACUACGAUCAUUAUGCCUAUUUGCCAAGUAUGAACUUUUCCCCGGAAGGCAGUCCUCAAAAUACCAGUCCCUAUCUUCCCGGAGAUCCUCAUCUCAGCCAUCUGAAAGAGAAGGUCUACAGACAACUUCUAUCUGCUCGAACGAUGCAUGAUAAUGACAACCAGCUUCUCUUGAAUAUCCGACAACUGGACGAUGAGAUUGAGCAUUGGCGACUAUCGAUCCCUAUCGAGUUCCGUCCUGCGCUGUUCGUCUCGAAGAACUCGUUACAAAACACGUCCAAUGAAGCCAUCCCAUAUAUGGUCCGACGUAUGACUUUACAAUUAGACUAUCAUCACCUGAUGACAGUCAUCCAUACAACAGUCAGGAAAUGCACGGCCAAAAGCAGUGACGAGGUUCCAGAUCUACAUAGCGUGGUUCAUUCGAGCUUCGACCUGUCUUUGGUGGCUAGCCGCUCAACACUAUGGUGUUUGAAAACUCUCGUCAGCUUGAUUGCGGAAGAUGCAUUCCGGUUUGUCACAUUCUAUUCGACCGCCGCUGCGCUGUCACUCUUGCUCAACAUUGUGAUUCAUCCCCUAGAUGCACAAUCGCGGAUUGACUUGGAGCUCCUUAUAUUAGCUGCCAACACAAUCCGUAAUAUGCCCACGCAAGCCUUGACAAAAACCGAAAAUUCUCAUAUUCGAGAACUAAGCAAGUUCGUCAUGAGGCUGGUGUGGCUGGGAACAUGUGCAGUGACAAAGGCAGAAAAUGAAGCUGAUUAG